AUGAAGUUUCGGGCUCUCGCAGCAUGCUUGCUGCUCGUUGAAAGUGCUAUUGCCAGCACCCCUGCCAUAGAAAUCAAAGGCUCUAAAUUCUUCUAUUCAAACAAUGGAACCGAGUUCUACAUCCGAGGCAUAGCCUAUCAGGAGAACUACAGUGGUGGAGGAGCUGGCGGGACUGGACAGACCACCGACUCUGGCUACCAGGAUCCCCUCUUCAACAUCACCAAUUGCGAGCGCGAUAUUCCUUAUCUCACCCAAUUGCGCACGAAUGUGAUCCGGACAUACACCGUGGAUCCCUCCAAGGACCACGAUGACUGUAUGCAGAAGCUAGCCGACGCAGGCAUUUACGUGAUCAGUGAUCUAUCUUCGCCCGAUGUUUCCAUCGAAGCGAGCUCCCCAGUGUGGACAGUGGAUCAGUAUGAGCGAUACACGAGUGUCAUCGAUACGUUCCAGAAGUACGACAAUGUCAUUGGUUUCUUCGUCGGGAACGAAGUGGUCAACCAACCAAACCAGACCAACGCCGCGGCCUUUAUCAAAGCUGCUGCUCGCGAUAUGAAGUCAUACAUCAAAGACAAGAACUAUCGCACUUCGCUCGCCAUCGGCUACGCAACAACCGAUCAAGAAGAUAUCCGAACCACGGUAUCAGACUAUCUCAACUGCGGCGACCAGUCAAGCGCAAUCGACUUCUUCGGCUACAACAUCUACGAAUGGUGCGGCGAUCAAACCUUCCAAGCCUCAGGAUACGAAGCCCGAACCAACGAGUACGCAAACUACUCAAUCCCAGUCUUCUUCUCCGAGUACGGCUGCAUCACCGUGCGACCACGGAAGUUCACCGACGUCCCCGUUCUCUUCGGCCCCCAAAUGAACGAGGUAUGGAGCGGCGGCAUCGUCUACAUGUACUUCGAAACCGACAACAACUACGGCCUCGUCUCAGUCGACGGCAACUCCGUCAGCACCGAAGUCGAUUUCAGCUACUACUCCAGCCAAAUCCAAAGCGCAACUCCGAGCGGGACCAGCAGCGCCAGCUAUUCGCCGACGAACUCGCCGCGCGCAUGUCCAACCGUUGAUGAGAACUGGCUUGCCAAGUCUAGCCCUCUGCCCCCGACCCCGGAUUCCCAGUUGUGCUCUUGUAUGGUUUCGAGCCUGUCGUGUGUGGUCAGCGACUCCGUUAAAGCAGAAGACUAUAAUGAUCUCUUUGCGGAAGUUUGCGGAUACGGUAAAAGUAUCUGUGAUGGGAUUGUGCAUAAUGCAACGACGGGUGAUUACGGUGCCUACAGUAUGUGUGGUAGCAAGGACCAGCUGUCGCAGGCGUUCAAUCGGUACUAUGAGAGCCAGAAGAAGGUCAGUACUGCGUGUGAUUUCAAUGGCGCGGCCAAGGUUCAGUCUGCAAAGGAUGCUUCCGGUAGUUGCAAGGCUCUUGUUAGUCAGGCUGGGGGUGCGGCUGGAACUGGUACUGCUGCUUCUUCCAACCCUACUGGGGGUUCCGCAAGUACUUCGACUUCCAAGGGGGCUGCUGCUGGGACUGUUGGUCCUGCUGUGUUUGUGAGCGGCUGGCUGACCAUGGCUUCUGGUAUGGGGGUUUUGGUGGCUGGAUUUUUGAUGAUGGCGCUUUGA